AUGGCCACGCGCCUGCUUCUAGUUCUCUGCUUGGCUCUGGUUGUGGCUCCCGGCUGGGGGUCCGGCCCUGCUCCCACGGGCAUGAGCGAGCCCCCGGAAAUGCAGACGGUGGCGCCCACGGAGGAUGAGACUCUGCAAAACGAGGCGGACAACCAGGAAAACGUUUUAUCUCAGUUGCUGGGGGACUAUGACAAGGUCAAGGCUGUGUCUGAGGGCUCGGACUGUCAGUGUAAGUGUGUGGUGAGACCCCUGAGCCGAGAUGCCUGCCAAAGGAUCAACGCAGGGACCUCCAGGAAAGAAGACUUCUACACUGUGGAGACCAUCACCUCAGGCUCAUCCUGCAAGUGUGCCUGUGUCGCGCCCCCAUCUGCCCUCAAUCCCUGUGAGGGAGACUUCAGGCUCCAGAAACUGCGGGAGGCAGACAGCAAGAACUUGAAGCUCUCCACCAUCAUAGACAUGUUGGAAGGAGCUUUCUAUGGCCUGGAUCUCCUGAAGUUGCAUUCAGUCACCACCAAACUGGUGGGGCGAGUGGAUAAACUGGAGGAGGAAGUUUCUAAAAACCUCACCAAGGAAAACGAGCAAAUCAAAGAAGACAUGGAAGAAAUUCGAACUGAGAUGAACAAGCGAGGCAAAGAGAACUGCUCCAGUGACAUCCUAGAUGGCAUGCCAGACAUCCGCUCGGCCCUGCAGAGGGAUGCGGCGGCAGCCUACGCCCACCCAGAGGAACAGUAUGAAGAGCGGUUUCUGCAGGAAGAAACCGUGUCCCAGCGGAUCAACUCCAUCGAGCUCCUGCAGACACGACCCCUGGCUCCGCCCGAGGUGGUGAAGCCACAGCGGCCCCUGCAGAGGCAGGUACACCUGAGGGGCCGGCCAGCCUCCAAGCCCACCAUCAUCCGGGGCAUCACCUACUAUAAAGCCAAAGUCCCUGAGGAAGAGAAUGACAUGGAAGAGCAGCAAGACGAGUUUUUCAGUGGUGAAAAUGGAGUGGAUUUGCUGAUUGAAGAUCAGCUCCUGAGACACAAUGACCUGCUGAUCAGUGCCACGCGGAGGCCAGCAGACACUCGUCAUGGCACUGCUGUGACAACUGACCCGAGCACUCAGACCGCACCUUUCUCCUCAGCACUGCCGCAAGCCUCCUCCACAGCUCCCGGCGUCACUGACCCUGCUCUCUACACCUCAGCUGGACAGCUCUCAAGAGCAUUCCAAACCACCACAGUGCUUCCAGAUCCCCCAGGGGAUACAGUCCUUCAACCUUCUACUCAGAUACCAGCCACCACCGUGGCCCACACAGCUACCCAGCACCCUCUGGCCUCAGCCUCUGAAGCAAUGAUUCCUGGGGAUGCAUUUGUGGAAACUACACACCAGGCCCCAGCACCUCCCACCGCAGUCAGGACAGACUCACUGGGGAAAGACGCUACUGCUGAGCAGGGUACAACCCCUGCCAGCCCCACCCUGAGCCCUGAAGAGGAAGAUGACAUCCGGAAUGUCAUAGGAAGAUGCAAGGACACCCUUUCCACAAUCACAGGCCCGACCACCCAGAACACAUACGGGCGGAACGAGGGGGCCUGGAUGAAGGACCCCCUGGCCAAGGACGAGAGGAUUUACGUAACCAACUACUACUACGGCAACACCCUGGUAGAGUUCCGGAACCUGGAGAACUUCAAACAAGGUCGCUGGAGCAAUUCCUACAAGCUCCCGUACAGCUGGAUCGGCACGGGUCACGUGGUGUACGAUGGUGCCUUCUACUACAACAGGGCCUUCACCCGCAACAUCAUCAAGUAUGACCUGAAGCAGCGCUACGUGGCUGCCUGGGCCAUGCUGCACGAUGUGGCCUAUGAGGAGGCCACCCCCUGGAGGUGGCAGGGCCACUCGGACGUGGACUUUGCUGUGGAUGAGAAUGGCCUGUGGCUCAUCUACCCGGCCCUGGACGACGAAGGCUUCAGCCAGGAGGUCAUCGUCCUGAGCAAGCUCAAUGCCGUGGACCUGAGCACACAGAAGGAGACCACGUGGCGCACAGGGCUGCGGAGAAACUUCUACGGCAACUGCUUCGUCAUCUGCGGGGUGCUGUACGCAGUGGACAGCUACAACCAGCGGAAUGCCAACAUCUCCUAUGCCUUCGACACCCACACCAACACGCAGAUCGUCCCCAGGCUGCUGUUUGAGAAUGAAUAUUCCUAUACUACCCAGAUAGACUAUAACCCCAAGGACCGCCUGCUCUACGCCUGGGACAAUGGCCACCAGGUCACCUAUCAUGUCAUCUUUGCCUACUGA